CCUGCCACAAUGCUGCUGCUCAGUCUGACCCUUAACUUGGUCCUCCUCGGCUCCUCCUGGGGCUGCGGCAUUCCUGCUAUCAAGCUGGUACUGAGCUUCAGCCAGAGGAUUGUCAACGGAGAGAAUGCAGUGUCGGGCUCCUGGCCCUGGCAGGUGUCCCUGCAGGACAGAAGCGGCUUCCACUUCUGCGGGGGUUCCGUCAUCAGCCAGUUUUGGGUGGUCACUGCUGCCCACUGCAAUGUCAGCCCUGGCCGCCACGUUGUUGUCCUGGGCGAGUACGACCGAUCAUCCAAUGCUGAGCCUUUGCAGGUCCUGUCCAUCUCAAAGGCCAUCACGCACCCUUUCUGGAACCCCACCACCCUAAACAAUGACCUGACACUACUGAAGCUUGCCUCCCCUGCCCGGUACACAAAACGUGUCUCACCAGUCUGCCUGGCUUCCCCAGGCUGGGGACGCCUCAGCGGCAUGGGCAAUACGACCCCAGUGCGCUUACAGCAGGUGGCUCUGCCCCUGGUCACCGUGAAUCAGUGCAGGCAGUACUGGGGCUCACGCAUCACCAACUCCAUGAUCUGUGGGGGCGGCGCAGGGGCCUCUUCGUGCCAGGGAGACUCCGGAGGCCCUCUCGUCUGCCAGAAAGGGAACACAUGGGUGCUUACUGGCAUCGUCUCGUGGGGUACCAGCCACUGCAACGUGCGCCAGCCUGCCAUAUACACUCGGGUUAGUAAGUUCAGCACCUAGAUCAACCAGGUCACAGCCUACAACUAA